AAAUUUCAUAAAAGUUUUUUACAAAAUCAUUUCAUUGUUUUUAUUUUUAUGAAAAAUAUUCUUGAAUUAAAAAAAUGGUAAAGCAAAUAAAAAAUUUAAAGCUAAGUAAAAAUAAAAAAAUGGCUUUAAGUCGAAACCUACCGAAACCAUCAGAAGUUGAAACAAAUUUAACUAGUAUAAUUACAAAUUAUGUUUUUCCAUCGAAUGCUCGAAAAUACAAAAUUAUUAGCUUCGAAAAAUAUUUAUUAAAUACACAAAAACAUGAUAUGAAAAUGAAUCAAAUCAACCAAUCUAGCAAUAUCUUCAAAAAGCAUAGGGAUUCAAUUGGAAGAGAUAUAUCAGAACAAAGACUAGCUGAUGAGUGGAGAACUUAUUUACAAUGUGAUGAGUAUCCUGAAACCCAUACCCAAUCCAAAAUUCGUGAAUAUUUAUAUAGAAUUGAUUUACUAGAAAAUGAUUUAUUUGCAAAGACCGACAGCUGGAUAUUAAGUAUUGAUCAAAGAAGUUUUUUGAAUCAGGAUCUAGAUGCAAAAUUUCAAACUAAAAAUAACUUAAAGCAAUUUAAACUUGAUUAUUGUAAUAAAUACAAUAAUAUAAUUGGUAAACUUUUAAAAGUAAGAAUAUUUCCAUUUUAUGCAGGUAGCUACUUGAAAUUAAAUUAGUUAUUUCUUUAUUAUUAACAUGUAUUAUGUAAGUAUUAAAGAAGUUUUAUAAUAAAAUUAAAUGUAUAAAUAAUAAUAGCAAUAGAAAAAUAUCCAAUUCUGCUUAAAAUGUGUACAUAUGUAUGUACACUACGUACAUACUUAUACCUUAUAAAGUAUUUAACAGGUGAAAGAAAUGCUCCAGA